AAAUACUUGAGAGGCGGUUUUCACGGCUGCUUAAACAAACACACCCAUCUCCACCCCUCCCUAAUCACGCACAGAGAACAGAUUGAUAGAUACCAAAAGAAAGAUCCAACAUCUCCAGCUCCAACAAAAAACAGCUGCGACUCAAACCAAACAAUCAUCAAUCUCUUCCUGCAACUGUCAAUUCAUCACGAAAUCUCAAUUACUGAAGGAGGAGGACGAGGAGAGUAUGGAAUCGACGGAGUCGUCUUACGUUUCAUCACCGGAGGCGCCGAGGAACAGAUCUCCUCCUCCGCCGCACCCGAAAUCACCUGCUUCUGAUCAUGUGGAGAAAUCUACAUAUAUCAGGUUUCUUGUGACCAAUGCUGCAGCUGGUUCUGUCAUUGGAAAGGGUGGCUCAACAAUUACUGAAUUUCAGUCAAAGUCAGGAGCUCGGAUUCAGUUGUCUCGCAAUCAUGAGUUCUUUCCAGGAACAUCAGAUAGAAUUAUUAUGAUCUCUGGGACAAUCGAUGAUGUACUCAAAGCUUUGGAUCUUAUCCUUGUUAAACUGUUGAGUGAGCUUCAUAUUGAAGAUGGUGACGAUGUUGAACCAAGAACAAAACUUAGGCUAAUUGUUCCCAAUAGCUCAUGUGGCAGCAUAAUUGGGAAAGGAGGGGCUACAAUAAAGUCAUUUAUUGAAGAUUCCCAAGCCAGCAUUAAGAUAUCUCCUCAGGACAAUAAUUAUUAUGGGUUGAAUGAUAGGCUAGUGACUUUGACUGGCACCAUAGAUGAGCAGAUGCGAGCGGUUGAUUUGAUUCUAUCCAAGCUAAUUGAAGACCCUCACUAUUUGCAGAAUAUUCAUACUCCAUUUUCAUAUGCAGGUGUUUUCUUCUCUGGUUUUCAUGGUAUUCCAUAUGCAUAUGUGCUUCCUUCUGUUGCAACAGCAGCAUACAAUGCAAUGAGCUAUGCACCAAAUGGGGCUGGAGCAAAAUUUCAGAAUCAAAAGGAGGACCGUAGCAACUCUCUCACAAUUGGUGUUGCAGAUGAGCAUGUUGGUUUAAUUCUUGGUCGUGGAGGAAGGAACAUAGUGGAAAUUAGUCAGGUUAGUGGAGCCAAGAUAAAGAUAUCAGAUAGAGGAGAUUUCAUGUCUGGAACAACGGAUAGGAAAGUCACAAUCACAGGAUCACAAAGAGCAAUUCGUCAAGCGGAGUCCAUGAUAAUGCAGAAGGUGGCAUAUGCUUCUGAGAGGAUAAUGGAUUAGUUUUCUGACUACCAAGAUCUUUCUUGUUGAGUCUGUUGAUGGAACCUGCUUUAACAACUUUCUACUCGUAUAGUUGAUUAGAAAAAUGUCGACAUUCAUUUACGCACUGUAAAGCCACUGUAAGUGACAAAUCUGAAAAUGGAGAUGCCAGUCGCGAGCAAAGGGGAAAUUUCCAUAAGCAGAGCAGAAUAGUGAGAUGCUGUUAGAAUAGUCCUUAUUGCUGGGCAGAAAUGGCGUUAGUUUCAUUUAUUUCAUUUUGUAGCUGUAAACUUGUAACUUCCAAAGUAAAGUCAGCAAUUGUUACUUCUGAAUCACUGAUUAGCGAAUCUAUAAGAUGCAUUGUUGAAAAUCCCAUUACGGUUUCAUGUGAUGUCAG